GGCCAAAGGAAGGCAGAUGGCAGCAUGGACUCCAGACGGGCAGCAGUGCUGCUGCUGCUGUUAGUAACAGACUGGGGCCGCGCUGAAGGACCAGGGGACCGGGAUGAAGGAGACCAGAGCUUCACGGAGGAAGACCGUGGCGCUCGCCCACUGCAGGAUGCCCAGACCCCCGGGGCACUCUUGCGCUCCCUGCUCCAGGCCAUGCAGAGACCCAGCCGGAGUCCAGCCUUCCUGUUUCAGCCCCAGAGGUUUGGCAGAAACACCCGGGGCUCCUGGAGCAACGAAAGGCUGAGCUCCCCAUUCUGGAGCCUGGCUGCCCCUCAGCGCUUUGGGAAGAAGUGACAUGCCAUCCUUUGAUGUUUGCAUGCAAGGCCCACACCCGAAAGUGCCACGUGUCCCCCCAAAUAAAGCUGUCUGGCUUCUGAA